AGCCCCACGUCAAAUUAAUCAGAUAUAAAUUUGGACGACGCUUCCCAACGCUGACAACUACCAUCCAUCCCCAUCUUCACGAAAAUGACAUCCUCUAUAAUCAUUCCCCCAUCCACCUCCACCGUGGAUGUCAGCAUCAUUGACACAACAUCCACCAUCCAUUUCCCAACUUCCAUCUUUGUCGCCCCCGAGAUAAAUGGUGUAAAGUCUCAGACAGCCAAAUCAUAUGCCUUUCUGAUCGAGCACAAACCGACAGGUCGACGACUGGUCUUCGAUCUCGGGGUCCGAAAGGACUACCAAAAUCUCGCAAAGCCGAUAUACGAUAGUCUCAUCGGCUCGGGGGUCUUCACCCUCGACGUGCAGAAAAAUGUCGCCGAUAUCCUCACAGAGAAUGGGGUCGAGCUAGACACGAUUGAUGCGAUUAUCUGGAGUCACACUCACUUCGAUCACGUCGGAGACCCCUCCACAUUCCCAAGCUCAACUUCGCUCAUCGUUGGUCCGGGUGUCCCGGCCUCUGUUCUCCCUGCAUAUCCCAUCAACCCCUCAGGAGAGCUCCUCGACAGCGACUUCAGCGGUCGACCUCUCGUCGAGAUUCAAAGAGCACAGUUUGACACGACGAUCGGCGGAUACAAAGCCCACGACUUCUUCCAUGAUGGCUCAUUCUACCUCCUCGACGUCCCCGGCCACUCAAUUGGACACAUGUGUGGACUUGCCAGAACCAUUUCCGAUGGCAAGGACACAUUCAUCCUGAUGGGCGCAGACACCGUCCACCAUGCAGGUCAGCUGCGCCCAUCACAUGGGGUUCCACUCCCAGAACAAAUUGCCCCCAGCCCAUACGGUGGCUCAAUAGCGUGUCCCGGGGAAAUCUUUGAGGCCAUCCAUCCUGCUCCGGAGAAGUAUCGAACAAGCCCCUUUUACCGCAUAAAUGUUGAUGAGAAUGGGCGCAGUGUUGCGAAUGAUCCGGUGGAAGCGGAACAUAGUGUGGAUCAUAUGAAGGAGUUUGAUGCGCUGGAUAAUGUCCUUGUGGCGUUUGCGCAUGAUUCGUGCCUGGAGGGGGUGGUUGAGACGUUUCCGCUCAAGGCGAACGGGUGGAAGGCGGCGGGGUGGAAGGAGCUGAGUCGGUGGAGGUUUUUGUCGGAUUGGAAGGUGGAGGCAAGUCAUUAGGUGUUUGUUAAGUAGGACUUUUUAUAUUUAAUAUACCCCACUCAGUCUUA